UGAAGGUGGGGUUAGAGUCCCAUUCCUGGCAGGUCUUUCUGGGCGAGCAGCGAGGUUGUAAAGAGGCAGAUCGCGUUUGCCUUGUGCGUUUGCCUUCUCCGCAACCCGCGCUGCCCACAGUCAGCUGCCCACCAUGCCAUUCUCAAACAGCCACAACCUCUUGAAGAAGAACUUUGAUGCAGAGGAUGAGUAUCCCGACUUGAGCACCCACAACAAUCACAUGGCUAAAGUGCUGACCUUGGAGUUGUAUGCCAAGUUGAGGGAUAAACUGACUUCUAGCGGAUUUUCUGUGGACGAUUUGAUUCAGACGGGGGUUGAUAACCCAGGUCACCCCUACAUUAUGACAGUAGGAUGCGCAGCUGGAGACGAGGACACAUAUGUAGUGUUUAAGGACAUCCUUGACAAAAUUAUUGAGGACCGACAUGGAGGGUACAAGCCUACGGACCUGCACAAGACGGACUUGAAUCCUGAAAACUUGCAGGGCGGUGAUGAUCUGGACCCCAACUACGUCCUAAGUUCACGUGUCCGAACUGGCAGGAGUGUUCGUGGCUUCUGCCUUCCCCCUCAUUGUAGCAGAGGAGAGAGACGUGCUAUUGAAAAGCUUUCUGUGGAAGCUUUGGCUAACCUGGAAGGAGACCUCAAUGGAAAGUACUAUGCCCUGAAGAACAUGACAGAUGACGAACAGCAGCAGCUCAUUGAUGACCACUUCCUGUUUGACAAGCCUGUUUCUCCUCUCCUCUUGGCCUCUGGCAUGGCACGAGACUGGCCCGAUGGCCGCGGUAUCUGGCAUAAUGACAACAAGACCUUCCUUGUGUGGAUCAAUGAGGAAGACCACCUUAGAGUUAUCUCCAUGCAGAAAGGUGGAAACAUGAAGGAAGUCUUUGCCCGCUUCUGUACUGGGCUAACGCAGAUCGAAACACUCUUCAAAUCCAAAUCCUAUGAAUUUAUGUGGAACCCCCACCUCGGCUAUAUCCUGACCUGCCCAUCCAACUUGGGCACGGGUCUGCGUGCAGGAGUCCACGUUAAGCUGCCCAACCUUGGCAAACACGAGAAAUUCGGCGAAGUCCUCAAGAGGCUGAGGCUGCAGAAACGUGGCACAGGUGGUGUGGACACUGCUGCAGUGGGAGGAGUAUUUGACGUCUCUAAUGCUGACCGCCUCGGCUUCUCUGAGGUGGAGCUGGUACAGAUGGUCAUUGACGGAGUGAAGCUGCUGAUUGAAAUGGAGAAACGCCUUGAAAAGGGCCAGAGCAUUGACAACCUCAUCCCAAGUCAGAAAUGAAAAGCACUUUAACAUCCCAGCGCCCCCUCCCCUGCCCUCACCCCAUGCUUCUUCCUAACUUAUUGGAUGAAUAUAAUACACACAUGAAAAGGAGGCGCUCCAAUCAAAAGAAAACCUGGAGUCAAAAGAGAAAUUCCCACUUAGUAACACUUGUAGAAAGUCUUCCAUCCAUAUGUGUUAGAGUUUAUUUUUUUGAUGGCUGAAAUGUCACUGAGAAACUGAAAUAAACCAUUGUUUGGCCUGAGAAA